CAUAUUAUAUAUAGAGACACAGUAAAUAAGAAGUUCAAAAGGAGGCCAUUUAUAACAUUUUCAGAGAGAGAGAGAGAGAGAGUAAUAUAAAUAUGCCGGCGAUGAAACAGGCUCAAAAGUUUCCGUCAAUAACAUCAUGCAGCGGCACCUCAUACGAAUCAAUAGCAGCUGAUCUGGAUGGUACUCUGCUCGUCUCCAGUAGCUCCUUUCCUUACUUCAUGCUCGUGGCCGUGGAAGCCGGUAGUCUGUUGCGUGGUCUAGUGUUGCUGCUUUCGCUGCCUUUUAUCAUCAUCUCUUAUUUCUUCAUAUCAGAAGCCAUCGGGAUCCAAAUCCUAAUCUUCAUCUCUUUCGCUGGUCUCAAAAUCCGUGACAUCGAGCUUGUUUCCCGCGCUGUUCUGCCUAGAUUUUAUGCUGCGGAUGUGAGGAAAGAAAGCUACGAGGUGUUCGAUAGGUGCAAGAGGAAAGUGGUGGUGACGGCGAAUCCGACGAUUAUGGUGGAGCCGUUUGUGAAGGAUUUUCUUGGCGGAGACAAAGUUUUGGGAACGGAGAUUGAAGUAAAUCCUAAGACAAAGAGGGCCACUGGUUUCGUGAAGAAGCCUGGCGUGUUGGUUGGCAAAUGGAAGAAGUUGGCCAUUUUGAAAGAGUUUGGAGAGGACGCUCCUGAUCUUGGGAUCGGAGACCGCAAGACUGAUCAUGACUUCAUGUCCAUUUGCAAGGAGGGCUACAUGGUUUAUCACAGCAAAAAAGCAGCUACUCCACUGCCACGGGAUCGCCUGAAAAGUCCUAUAAUCUUCCACGAUGGCCGUUUUGUUCAACGACCGGACCCACUCAAUGCCCUCGCUACCUAUCUUUGGUUGCCAUUUGGAUUCAUGCUCUCCAUCUUUCGGGUAUACUUCAAUCUACCACUCCCCGAACGCAUCGUACGGUACACAUACGAGAUGUUAGGCAUCCACCUUGUGAUCCGUGGGUACCCACCUCCAGCGCCAUCACGUGGAACCCCUGGAAAUCUAUAUGUGUGCAACCACCGUACAGCUUUGGAUCCUAUCGUGAUUGCAAUCGCACUCGGACGCAAAGUUUCGUGUGUAACAUACAGCGUUAGCCGUCUCUCGAGAUUCCUAUCACCAAUCCCAGCCAUCGCUUUGACACGUGAUCGUGCGGCUGACGCAGAACGCAUCACAGCUCUACUCCAAAAGGGUGAUCUUGUAGUGUGUCCUGAGGGAACUACAUGUCGCGAGCAGUUUUUGUUGAGAUUCAGUGCACUGUUUGCUGAAAUGAGCGAUAGGAUUGUGCCUGUGGCGGUUAAUUGCAAGCAAAGUAUGUUCUAUGGCACCACUGUACGUGGGGUUAAAUUUUGGGACCCUUAUUUUUUCUUUAUGAAUCCAAGGCCAACUUAUGAGGUGACAUUUCUUGAUCGGUUACCCGAAGAGAUGACGGUUAAAGCGGGAGGGAAAUCAUCGAUUGAGGUGGCUAAUUAUGUGCAGAAGGUUUUGGGUGAUGUGUUGGGGUUUCAGUGUACUGGAUUAACGAGGAAGGAUAAGUACUUGUUGCUUGGAGGGAAUGAUGGCAAGGUGGAGUCUAUGUACAACUCCAAAAAGUAAGCAUUUGGUUUUUCGUUUCUAUAAGAUUUUUAGUUACGGAUGUUUGUAAGGCCAGACAUAUCAAAUAUUUUAGACAUUGAUGUAGUCGUGCUGAAUUUGCGCACAGCUUUAUAUGCAAGACUCUUUUAAGAA